UUGAGGCCUUCCACGCAUCCGAAGAAAGCAAAGGCUUCUCAGCCCUCGGAGAAGGAAGCGGUUUCGGAAGUCAUACCUCCUCCUAAGAAUCUUCUUCACUUCAUGCCCUUGCCAGGGCAGAAGUUAAAGAGUGUGGUGGUUGCUGAACCGCCGCCCGUGGACCAGCCGCUGAUCGAGGAAGAUAUCAUCCCCUCUCCUCUGAAGCCAUCUGCUGCUUUGGGGAUCGAAAUCCAGGAUAUCACCGAGGUGAUGGAGGCGAUUGAAGCCGAUUUUGUUCCUGGUUCGGAUGUCCCUGAGGUAGCUGAGGAGAAGAAGGAGUCUGCUGAUCUUCCCUUCGAGAGAGAGAAGAGUCCAGACAAGGAGAUGGUAGAUCUCUCGGGCCCCGAAGCUGCGGUUCCCGAGGUUCAGAAGGAGGUUCCCUCUGCUGGAGAGGAGGAGCAGCCCGAGCAAGGUCUGACGAGGAAGAGGCGCCACUCAACUUUGGGUUCUACUUCUACCUCGGUCCUGGAUAGGCUGAUCCAUGCUGAUCCCUGUUCGGAUGUUCCGCUAAAAAGGAUCCCCGAAGAAGUAAGGGAGGCGAUGGCUCGGUAUGCCAGGGCUCCGAUUUUGGGAGAGGACCCCUUGGCUCACGUGGGAUCCUUGGUGGGCCCCGAAGCUGCUAGGGAGAAUCUGCUUCGUGCUAACCCGCAGUGGAGGGUUCCUGGGGCUGAAGAGAGAAAUCCGGCGAUGAUGAAGGCUGGGCAACUCCUCUCCGAGCUUACGGAAGUCAAGCAGCUAUACCUUCAGUAUAGUCGCGAGGCUAGAGAGUCUGCUGAGAAGAUUGGGGCCGAGGAGAUGAAGUCUAAAUUUGAAGCGGCCGAUAAGGAGCAUAAAGAGGCAGAGUUGAGGCUUUGCCAUUUUGUCCAGCAUCGGGAGCUGAUCCAGCAGCAAGCUGAUAAGGUGCCUGUCCUUCGGCUGAAGCUUCGGGAAAAGGAUGACUAUAUUCGGAAGUUGGAGCAGGAGCGAGUCGACCUCUACACUGCUGAUCAGUGUAGAGAGCAGUACUGGAACGGCAUCUUGGGUGCUCGGCGCAUCCUCAUGGUUCAUUCUCUUGAAUGA